UCCGGACAUGCGUAUAAUCUACCCAUUUUAACACGGGGCAAGUAAGCAUGGCGCACGUUCAGGAGGAGAUAGAAACAAAUAAUGGAAUAAAAACCGAGGAUCCGAGUGACGACGAAACAAAUAAUGAACACACGACCGAAAGCUUGGACGGAGAGGAUGGCGGCAAUGAAAAAGAGGAACCUGUCAAGACAUUUAAAGAUUUGGGUGUAACAGAGGUACUUUGUGAAGCCUGUGACCUGUUGGGAUGGAAGAUUCCCACUAAGAUCCAGGUAGAAGCCAUACCAGUGGCUCUGGAAGGUCGAGAUGUUAUUGGCCUGGCAGAGACUGGAUCUGGAAAGACAGGGGCGUUUGCUCUGCCCAUCCUUCAGUCGCUCCUCUCCUCUCCUCAAAGGCUCCACACGUUAGUGCUCACUCCCACAAGAGAGCUUGCCUUCCAGAUUGCAGAGCAGUUUGAAGCUUUGGGCUCCAGCAUUGGUGUGAAGACAGCUGUGAUUGUUGGUGGUGUUGAUCAGAUGUCUCAAGCCUUGGUAUUGGCCAAGAAACCCCACAUUAUCAUUGCCACCCCAGGGAGACUGGUCGACCAUCUGGAAAACACGAAAGGUUUCAACCUGAGAGCUCUUAAGUUUCUUAUAAUGGAUGAGGCAGACAGGAUUCUCAACAUGGAUUUCGAAGCAGAGGUGGAUAAGAUCCUGAAAGUGAUUCCCCGCGAGAGGCGUACUUUUCUUUUCUCUGCUACUAUGACCAAAAAGGUCCAGAAACUACAGCGUGCAGCUCUGAAGGACGCAGUCAAAUGUUCAGUAUCCACUAAAUAUUCAACAGUGGAAAAGCUCCAACAAUAUUACAUUUUCAUACCAUCAAAAUACAAGGAUUGCUACCUGGUGUCCAUACUGAACGAACUGGCAGGAAACUCCUUCAUGAUCUUUUGUAGUACGUGCAACAAUGCCCAGAGGGUGGCGCUGAUGCUUCGGAACUUGGGCAUCACUGCGAUACCACUGCAUGGGCAGAUGAGCCAGGACAAACGUUUGGGAGCCCUUAACAAAUUUAAGUCCAAAUCGCGCUCCGUACUGCUGGCUACAGAUGUGGCGUCACGAGGACUGGACAUUCCGCAUGUGGACUGUGUCAUCAACUUUGACAUCCCCACUCAUUCUAAGGACUAUAUUCACAGAGUGGGAAGAACAGCCAGAGCAGGGCGCUCAGGGAAAUCCAUCACUUUUGUCACACAGUACGACGUGGAGCUUUUCCAGCGAAUUGAAACACUGAUUGGAAAGAAGCUGCCAUCCUUCCCGACGCAAGAAGAGGAAGUGAUGAUGCUAGUGGAGAGAGUUAGCGAAGCCCAGAGAUUUGCCAGGAUUGAAUUGAAGGAGCAAUUAGGAAAGAGGAAACGGCCAAGAGGUGGCGAUGAUGAUGGUGAUGAUACAGAACAGUCCAGUGGCGUACGGAAAAAAGUGCAAGGAGGAAAUUUUAGCAGUGGUGGAGGAGGAGGAGGAGGAGGAGGAGGAAGAGGCCGCGGUGGUGGAAGAGGACGUGGUGGUGGAGGAGGAAGAGGACGUGGUGGUGGAGGAGGAAGAGGACGCGGUGGUGGAGGAGGAAGAGGUCGCGGUGGGGGUUCUAGGGGGCGAUAGACAUCAAGACUAGGAAAUUAGAAUAACGAGAUGAGUAAUGUAUAUAUUAUAAAUAUUCAUUUUUUUCACAAUAGUAUGUCGAUUCAGAGAGAGAGAGAGAGAUCCCUUUGUGAAAUCUCUUCCCAGUGCAAUGAUACUCCACACGUUAUGGAGACAGACAACUGUUUAAACACAUUCACUAUGUAAUGGUAAUCUCUUGUCCCCCAAGUUCCUUUCAAAACCUCACAGACUUUGAAAUAAAAAAUUCAGAAAUGUUUUGAUGGGGAA